GCGGGCAUUGCACGCGGACUUCCAAGUGGCCCCUGGCACAGCUGGAAGUCGGGAGUUCUGAGCCCCCAGAGAGCUGGUACCCGGGGGUCCCAAGUGCCCGUGAGGAGUCCGCGGCGCCCAGGACCGCGUGGCGCGUUGGAGCGCACCAAGCGGCGCAGAAGCAAAAGAUAAACCCUGAUGGGCCCGGGAGCUGGUGGGCUGGGGUGCAGAGUCAGCGCGCACCCGGAGCGCCUUUCGUUUUAAGGAGCCUUACUUCUGGGAAGGGACAGGGAACUGUCAAUCAGCGAGGGAGGGAGCGCACCGGCGCUGGGUGAUGUCAGCGGAUCAGCUGCUCCAUAACAAAGACGGGGUAUUACAGGAGAAAGUUGCAGCGGCGGCGGCGGCCACGGCGUCACCCCGGAGCCUCGGAGGCGAGGGGGUUCAGCCCCAGCGCUCGCUCAGCCGCCUGGAGCACCCGGAGGGACGGGAGGCAGCCGCGCGGCCCCGAGCUGGGCAGGGUCCCCAGCCGCCAUGGAUAGCGACGACGAAAUGGUGGAGGAGGCGGUAGAAGGGCACCUGGACGAUGACGGAUUACCACACGGCUUCUGCACCGUCACCUACUCCUCCACUGACAGAUUUGAGGGCAACUUUGUUCAUGGAGAAAAGAAUGGACGGGGGAAGUUCUUCUUCUUCGAUGGCAGCACCCUGGAGGGAUAUUAUGUGGACGAUGCCCUGCAGGGCCAAGGAGUUUACACUUAUGAGGAUGGAGGAGUUCUCCAGGGCACGUAUGUAGAUGGAGAGCUGAAUGGACCGGCCCAGGAGUACGACACAGAUGGGAGACUGAUCUUCAAGGGACAAUAUAAAGAUAACAUUCGGCAUGGAGUGUGCUGGAUAUAUUACCCAGAUGGAGGCAGCCUUGUAGGAGAAGUAAAUGAAGAUGGGGAGAUGACGGGAGAGAAGAUCGCCUAUGUGUACCCCGAUGAGAGGACUGCCCUGUAUGGAAAAUUCAUUGAUGGAGAGAUGAUAGAAGGGAAACUGGCUACUCUCACGUCCACUGAAGAAGGAAGACCUCACUUUGAACUGAUGCCUGGAAGUUCGGUGUACCAUUUUGAUAAGUCAACUUCAUCUUGCAUUUCUGCCAAUGCUCUUCUUCCAGAUCCGUAUGAAGCAGAGAGGGUUUAUGUUGCUGACUCUCUCAUUUCCAGUGCUGGAGAAGGACUGUUUUCAAAGGUAGCCAUGGGACCUAAUACUGUUAUGUCUUUUUAUAAUGGAGUCCGAAUUACACACCAAGAGGUUGACAGCAGGGACUGGGCUCUCAACGGGAACACCCUCUCCCUUGAUGAAGAAACGGUCAUUGACGUGCCUGAGCCCUACAACCAUGUAUCCAAGUACUGUGCCUCCUUGGGACACAAGGCCAAUCACUCCUUCACUCCAAACUGCAUCUACGACCUGUUUGUCCACCCCCGCUUUGGGCCCAUCAAAUGCAUCCGCACCCUGCGAGCUGUGGAGGCCAACGAGGAACUCACCGUUGCCUACGGCUACGACCACAGCCCCCCAGGGAAGAGUGGGCCUGAGGCCCCCGAGUGGUACCAGGUGGAGCUGAAGGCCUUCCAGGCCACCCAGCAGAAGUGAAAGGCCUGGCUCUGGGCUUCAGAGACCUGGAAUGGAAACUUGGAUCUAUGCACUACGUUCAUCCGACAACGGGACAACCAGGGACUGCUCAUGCUGUGACAUCACAUCCUCUCACUCUGCGUUCGCAACGACUUUCUCGAAUACUAACUAGGUUUGACUGUAUUACUCAUACCAGAUUUAAAAUUAGCUAGCCUCGCAACGACGCCCUACUGAGAGGUAUUGUCGAACACUUGACAUCAGACAGCGUGAUGUUCUUGGGUGGUUCAAGUCUAAAUCUGUACCACGUUCAGAGAUGCCAAAUGAUUAGACUGAAAAAGGGAAAAGGGGGUUUUUCAGUCAUUUUUAGUCAGUGGUUUUUCCAUGAGGUUUAUUUCUAUGGCCAAUGCAAACCGUGUUAUCACGCUUGCAUACGCGCCAUCUGGAGGAGAGAGAAUUACUACAUUUUUAUUCUCUAAAUGUAGUAUAAUUUGCCUUUUAACCUUUGAUCUGUAUCUUGCAAUAGAAUGGCUUUGUUUUCUCCCUAGCAAACAGAACCCCACUUUUUUGAGUCACUUCACCCCUUAGUCCUCUAUCUUAGAUAUCUUUCACAAGAGAAAGCUUCCAAACAGACCUCGUGUCAGUGCCAGUGUGUAGGUCUCUCUGGCUCUCUCUAUAUCACUGUUUCACUAUUAUGUCCUGAUAUAAAGACCUGGCUCAUAGGGCCGGGCUAUUAUUAUAGAAUUAUUAUUCUCGCAUGUAAACAAAGAUAUCUUUGCUUUAAGAUGUGAGAAGAAAUGAAUUUACUUUGUUUGCAUUAAGUUAUGGAAGAGUUGUAAUAUAUACUUUAAGAAAGAAGAGAGGGAAAUUAGUAUUUCUAAGCAGUAACUGUGGCAAUUUUGCAAUAUCUUUAAUAGUGCUAGUUUUUUUUUUUCUCCUUGAGUACACAUUAAAUGUACAUAACCUAGAGCAGUCUGGCUGGUAGCACAGUGAAUUGAAUUCAAAAGUCAAAUAGCAAACUUGAAUUCUCAAACAGAAUUCAAAUGUUCGUUGUUUUUUAUUUUAAUCGCUACUGUUAAGAGAGACAUACUGAUCACUAGGUACAAAGCAAACCUUAACGCUAAAACUCUUCAUCAUUGUAAUUUCAAAGCACCUACCUGCUUCAAAGCCUCGUGAAUUAAAAAUAACACCUGUAUAGUUUAAAAGCAGCGGUAUCAAUAGCAUUUCAGCCAUUUUGCUAGCCAUGUGUAAUCACAACCGCAGAAAUAAGGAGAAAAUCCCUGUUUUUUAGUUUAGCUAACUAGGUAUGUAACAUAACUGGGAUUGCUCUGAAUGAAUUCUGAGAAUUUGGGGGUUUUGUAAGCGCCCUCACCACAAGCCAUAGCUACGUCUUCUUGAGAUGCCUCUCGGAGGUGGGGGGAGGGGUCUGGAAAGCAGCACUUACACUGACCUGCAGCUGUCCGCAGGGGCAUCUGUCACCAAGUCAGUUUGGUCUUGAAAGCUGAAGCCUUCCACACUGUAGUGAUAAUGGCCGAGUAGGGAAGGCCUGCUGGGAGCAGAAGGGAAAAGAAAAGGGCAAGAGGAAGUUUGCAUUUCAUGUCAGUUACACGUCACUCUGAGGAAGAACUUAACAAAAGUACUUGACCUGGGGCUGCUCACAACUUUCAGUUCUGACAGCUUCUAGGCACAGGAUUCAGCCCUCAAAACAGUGACAGAAGUGGUCCUUUCCCUCUAUGAGCUCCCCAGUCCCCAGCAGUGCAGGCAGCUAGGGGGUGGUGAUUUCAGGGAGAUGAGAAGUUAUGAGGGCUGCCGGAAAGAUCUUCCAUGAAGAGAACUGAUUAGAGUUUUCAGAUGAAAGGGCACCAGGAUAGGAUCGCUUCUAUUCUGUAGGAAGAGACCGUUCCAGAAACUGUGACAGACGGGCAGAGUCUUGGGACUUGUGUUCUGAUAGGUGCUUUACUUCAAACAAGUCCCACAGUGAGUGACCGUCUUUGGGAUGGAACGAUGGCUGUGAUUCACCCCAGUCAGUUGGGUCAUGGAGCCAGGUCAGGGAGUCGGGGGGCGCAGGUCACACCUCGGAUGCAGCUAAACUCCCAAGGAUUUUCUGCCUGAGGCGAUAUUGUGCUGUGGAGGCUGAGGCUGCUGUGGGGUGUAAUAUCUAUCCCAAGGGGCUACUCACUCACCCCAUUCAAAUGGAAUUCUUUCUUUCUUUCUUUCUUUUUUUGAUAAAAGUCAUUUAAGAGUUGUCAAUGAAUCCAUUUUACAAAGGAGAUAGUGAACGGUAACUCUCUGGGUUUAAAACCGGGCAGUGUGUGUCUGUGAGGUUCAGACAAAUCAGAGGAAGCAAUACACCCAAGAUGACCCACCCCCAUCCUUCCUGCACUCUUCCUUGUCCUUCUGGCUCUUGUGUCUUCCACCGACCCUUCCUCUUUCUCUUCUGUCUGUGAGGAUGCCUGGUGUUCCUGUAUAACCACCUGCCAGCUGGCCCCUUCCUCUCUCCCUCCCCUCCUGCUGGUCUCUCCGGCUCUGUGUGUGUCCCUUGGACCCUCUCUCUUGCACCCUCUGCAGGUACCUCUCUCCAUCACUCUGCGUCCAUAUCUGGCUCUGCUGUUCCCGUCCCCUUGUCUCUCUCUCACACACACACACACUCCCAGAUGUAAGGCUUUGUCACAGGUUGGGCUCAGAAGGGGGCCUUGAGAUUCACUGUGCUCUGUCGGUAGGUAGGUAAAACAGUCGAGGGGGUUGGGGUCCCAAAAGGAAUUAACUGGUGAGGAAAUAAGGCUCUGUUCCCUGUGUGAGCCAAAGUCUGACUGGGGGAAACCUGGGGAUGUGUUUUUCUACUGACUCUGGACAUCUGCCAUGGAAGAAAUUAUGUCAGGAAGCAGGUAGUUUCAUCAGCAUCGUAACAGAAAUGUGGACGAUUCCAUGUGGUGGGGAAUAAAGAAGGAACUGUAUGCUCGCCCCCAAAACGGCUGGGGCCGAGGAGGGCAUACGAUGCCAUGGUCUCAGGAGAUUCACUCAGAGCCGUCUCAGUCCAGCUCCUGCAUGACUAGCUCUUUCCUUAGCUGCUUUUCUAUGACAAAAUAUUAUCUUGUGUUAGAGUUAGGAAUAGGAACUAAUCUGUAGGAGUAUGUCCACAAAUGGGCAUCUGAAUGGACUCACAAAUAAACAACUGUAAGGACUGAAUUUCCAACACAAAGGAUGAUGAGAUUAAAAAAGCAACAGGCAAGGAAGACUUGAGUUUCGCAGGACCUGUUCUUAUUUUAACCUGCUUCAUCCCUGGUCUGCCCGAGAAACUGAGAAGGAAACCAGUUGUUCAAGACCUCUUUGAACUUGACUGGGGCUGUAGUUAAACUGAUUUGCCCUCUGGGGGUUCUUCACACUUGAAAAAUAAUUUCCUUGUCACCAACAACCUGAAAAGGCCAAAGUGGAGGCCAAGUAUAACCAUUUACAACAUUUAACUGUAACAAGUGAAACUGCAGUGACUGUGAACAGUGAAUUCAAGGCUUGUCUUCUCAGUGAGUCAGUAUGUGGCACUUGAGUAAAUUUCCUUUAAUAUAUGAAAUUUUAAAUCACUCACUGCAAAAUGCAUUUAAGAUCUUCCAGGAAAGGUAUCGUUUUCUGUUUUGCUUUGUUUGAAGACAGUUGCCUCAAGUUUCUGUCUUAAGAGUAGUGAUUUAGAAUCCAGACAUCUUUUGUUUUAGAAAAACAAGCAAAAACCAUGUUGCAAGACUGAUAGUUGUCAUGUUUAGUUGCCACAGAUCAAAGGUUCACAAAAUAUAUUAAAUUUACAUCUACUUGAGAUAACUUGAUAGAUUGGUUUUUUUUUCCCCCUUUGAUCUUUCCCUUCAGGAAUUUGAAGCUUCGGUGUCCAUUUUGAUUUUAAAAAUACUAAAUUGUAAUGGUUUUAUUUUGCCAAGUGUGUGCAGACAUAUUCAAAGCAAUGACACUAUUUCAAGCCAUACAACUACAGGGAUGGAAACCCUUUUCACAAAUUUUAAUGUGUUUGUAUGUAAAUAGAUGUUUGUAUGAAAUAUUUUCAUGGUAGAAUGAAUAUAUUUAAAUGAAGUUGAAUUAUUCCAGUGCUAUUUAAACAAAUUACAAAAUUUUUUUGGUGAGAAUUAUCUGAGUCUAUUGAGAUAGAACGCAGAUCAACUUUGAUUUUUACAAAAUCAAAAGCCUACAGAUAACUCUGACUCAUGGCAACUUCCCCGUGUUGUUGCACCUGACGUGGAGAGAGCUCGUAGGCUUCCCCAGUGCCUCAGCCGCUUCCUGGUGGAAGUUAGGUGCUCGUGGAGGUGUGUCACCACCUUUAGUGACAUCACUCCAGGCCUCUGGGGGCCUGUGAGUGACUCAGAGGCAUUAGAGACACCGGUGCAGUUAUCCGGAGCACAAUUUCUUUGCAGGGCAGCAGAAUCAGAAGCCAGACGUGGCCGUGUGAACCUCAGAACUGGGUUUCCUGGCCACCAUCCACCGCCACCCUUACUGCCUAGUCUCACACGGCAGGGAGGCUGCCCUCAGUGGAGUUGGGGUUCAGACCCCAGGGUGGGACUUCACGGUUUUGCCAGCAGUCCCUGCCUCCUGGCCUCCACCUCGCAGAGAGGACGGAGGAGGGUGCUGCUGGCCGGGGGCCCAUUUCUCAGCACAGUACACUUCCUGUCUCAGCUCUGGGAGACUAUGCACCCAAGCACCCAACUUCCAACCAGAGAGAGACAUCCUUGGAUAAUGCAGAUCCCUGCUUCCUCUGUCUGUGACUUUACACAUCAUUGUUAGAAGUCGUUUUAACAUCAAGACCAAUCACAUCCCUAGGACAUACCUCCCAACUCCCCUGACUCUUACUGGAACACUCCUUUACAAUGAUAUUCAACUUGAGUGGGUUUUUUUUUUCCACUUCGGUCCUGGAUAUAGUGAAAUGAUAAAUAUGAUGACAGAUUUUCACUGUGUAUACUAGCAAUAUGUACACACAUGCCGAUGUAUCUUAACAUACAAUUUGGUUACAUUUUGGAUGACUGUCGUUAAUCUCAAUUCAUGUAUUGGGAAACUACAGGGACUACGUCAUGUCUGCUUUUCAUAGAAGAAAGUUGGGUUCAUGGUUCUGAGUGCCCUACUUUAAAUGUUUUUCCUCUUGGGUUUUCUGUAUUCCCUUUUUUCCUGAAAUGCAUUGAUUAGGUUGUGAGGUAUGUUUAAGGACUGGAAGCCAGGGGAAUGCUUUCGGCAUUUAUUACAACCAAAAGUUAACCUCAUCACAGUUAACGAGCAUCUUUGAUUGGUCUUUUGUGGAAUCUGAACUAAAUCUACGAGCCUUAUUCAAUAUCUAUAAUUCUAUGAUUUUUUUAAAUUAUGGGAAAUUAAUGAAAGAUGUUUACAUGAAUAAUGUUUGCCCUUACUGUGUUAUGAAUGAGUUUUUUGUAGUGUGUCUGGGUGCAUGUGCAAGAGAGUAGGAAAAAUGUUUCUGAAACAAAACUUGACAAAUAUUUGUAAUGAAAAGUAAAUUUAAAGAUUGCUAUAAUUGCGCUAUAGAAACAAUGCAAGUAUUAAACAAAAUAUACAAUCA